CUCAAGUAGCAACAUAUAAAAGGAUAAAUUGCUGACAAAUAACUUUACAUUGUGACAGAAAACGUUGCGGAACAUUUGCUGUACAGAAUUAUAAAAAUUUAUAUCGGCCAACAAGCUACCUUGCCAUGAGGCGAUUCAUUCUUAUCGCCUUUAUUGGCAUCUUUCUAGCAAAAGAUGUUACGCUGUUAAAAGUUCACAAAUAUCCUUCAAAUUUGGAAAGGUUGUUCGGUUCACGUAAAUUGAGCGAUAAUGAGGAAGAAAAGCGAACUGUAUGUGAAUCCGAGGAGUGCAGAAAGAUGGCUAACACGCUACUAAGAAACAUGAACAAAUCUGUAAGCCCAUGCGACGACUUUUACGAAUAUGCAUGCGGAAGAUGGUCGGAACAAAAUCCCAUUCCAGAAGGGUAUAACAAGUGGAGUGUGUUUCAUAUACUUCAAAUCAACAAAACCGAUCAACAAGUGCAAGAGAUUGUGGAGGAAGAACCUAAGGAAGAUGACCUCAGAGCAGUAAAGAUUGCAAAAAAAUGGUACAAGGCUUGUAUGGAUACUGAUGCGAUAGAAAAGCAAGGAAUCGAUCCACUGGUUUCUACUUUAACGUGUUUAGGUGGUUGGCCGAUGAUAACGGAUCAAUGGGACGAGCAGGAGUACAAUUGGCAAAAAGUGGAUGAUCAGUAUAUGCGCUUGACGGGAAGAAAUGCAUUUUACGACGUGCGCGUAGACAGAGAUUCAAAAGUAGUACAGAUUGACUCGCCGCAUUUACCAGUGGGUUCACACAUGCUGCAGCGUGUAAUGAAAUUUGGCAGUGAAGAAGCAGAGGAUGAUGAAGAAGGAGACGAAGAGCUAAGUAAAAGUGAUGAGGACCCAAGUAACGAAGAUGAGCAAAGCAAUGAGGAACAAGAACCUGGAAGUGAAGGCGAAAAUAAUUCUAAAUUCAUUAAAAACGAUGACGAUGAUGACAGCGACGAUGAUGAUUACAAGAUUAUUGUUGUGGAUGACGGUAAUGGUAGCGGUGACAGGCCUGAUGACGAUGAUGACGAUGAUGACGAUGAUGAUGAGGAUGGCAACAGCGUUAGCGGAGACAGUGAUGAUGACGAUGAUGAUACGAACGAAAUCCAUAAAGAUGUUAAAAAGAAAAUAGACCAAAAAAAAGUUAAUAUCGGUCAUAGAAGAAACAAAAAAUUACGACACGUUGGACAAAGAAAGAGCGGCACCAGAAUCAUUAAGAAGCAUAAUAGCCAUAAAACAAGAGGACAAAAAAUAAAGAGACAAGCAGAAGUUGGCUUGAAACGCCAACACCGAUUUAUCCGUCGUGAAAAAUCACAUGUUUGGAAAGGUGACAGACGAAGAGGCCACGUAAGAAAAGUACAUACAAAGAGGACGAAUAAAAUUUUGGAUAAUGAGGAAACGACGCAAGUAAAUAACACACAGAAGACGAAGAUGACACUAAAGAGGUUGAUGUUAAAGAAGUAUACUGAUUACGUUUCGAAAGUAGCUCAUAUUAUAGCCAAAGAAAGAGAAACCGAAAUUUCACAAGAUCGUCUCAAAAAAGAUAUCGAAGACAUGUUCGAGUUCCACUUGCGACUGGCCAAUAUUGCUUCAACGGAACCAAUUUUUAACUCGCUCUUCAAUUUAGAAAUUACACUUAGAGAUUUUCAAGAGUGGUAUGACGAAAAAGAAUCUGAGACAGUUAAAAGUAAAAUUAACUGGGUGAACAAAAUAAAAGCUUUGUUUGAAGAGGCAUACGAAUCCGUGAAUGAUGAUUUAGAUCUAAACAUUAUUUCGCCAAGUUACAUUGAAAGUCUUAUCUCUUUGUUAGAUGAAACGUCAAAUCGGACAAUUGUAAAUUAUAUACACUGGAACUUUAUAAGUAGAAUAAUAAAGACUACCACGAGUGAAAUGACAAACUUGUACGAUGAGUGGAAGGAACUUGUCACGGAUUCCUCCACGAGCGAGAGAUCAAAUAUUUGCAAAUCGUCAAAGGAGAUACAAAAUAUUUUAGCGUACGAAUUUGUGAGAAGAUAUUUCUCCGAUAAUAAAAUGAGAACAGCAUCAAAUAUGAUCAAAGAUAUAAAAGAUGCGGUCGAGGAUCUGAUAAAAAAAUCCGACUGGAUGGAUGAGAAUGCUAAGAACUUUGCUUUAGCAAAAGUAAAGCAUUUGAAAGAAUUUAUCGGCUAUCCAAAUUGGUAUAAAAAUACCACAAUUAUUCAAGAGUAUUUUAAAGAGCUCGUUAUUGGUUCAUCGUACUAUGAGAAUACUAUUCGAUAUGACAGAUACGUCAAAUUGAAAGGCCUACGGAAGUUAUCGGAUAAUAAUAAUGAAAUCCAAUUGUUAGACGAAUAUGAUCCAUCUGAAUUGCUGAAUCCCAUUACUGUGAACGCUUUGUAUAUGCCCUUUUUAAAUGCCUUAGCUAUCACGGCAGCGGAUUUCCAAAGUCCAUGGUACGCUGACGGUCGACCACGGUCAGUUAAUUUUGGUACCAUAGGAUUUGUUAUAGCCCAUGAAGUUAAUCAUGGUUUCGAUAAUGAUGGGUACAUGUACGAUAAAGAUGGUGAUUUUCUGGGAUGGUUCUCAUCAAUGGCCGGCGCGUAUGACAAAAAAGAGGAUUGUUUUGUGGAACAGUUUAAUAAUUAUCCUAUUGAUCAAAAAACAAAUGAAAAAAUAAAGAAUUACGGUUCGAAGACAACAAGUGACAACAUCGCGGAUACAAUGGGAUUACAGGCAAUAUUUAAAGCUUAUCAGAAGAAAAAGAGCGAAACGCCGGAUGCCGCGUUACCCGGCAUGGAAGAUUUUACCGAUAAUCAAUUGUUCUUUUUAUCCUUUGCAAAUUUAUGGUGCGAAGCAAUCAAGCCUGAAAGUUUAAUAAACAUCGCCAAAGAUGAUGAGCAUAGCAUUGCACGACUGAGAGUUAUAGGCUCUGUAUCAAAUUCGGAUGACUUUGCCACAGCUUAUAAUUGCUCAGUUGGCAGUCCAAUGAAUCCCCCAAAAAAGUGCAAUAUUUGGAAAUAACCCAAAAGUCUUGCAAAGAGUAUUUCAUAAAUAUAUCUUACAGAAAUUAAGUAUUCUGUAUUAAUGAAUAAAAUAACGCAUAUUAAUUGACUAAA